AUGAAGACGCAACGGGCGGCGAGCAAGGCCGCCACGGUCAAGAAGCGCAAUAACAACAAAUCCAAGGCAGGCGCGGCCUACAAGGUGGACACUUUUAAGGUACCCGAAAACCCGACGCUCGACGACAUCAAGCACGCCGUCGGCCUUCAAGAACUCGACGCACGCGUCAAAGACGCCAAGGAGUCCUGCUGGGAAACUGAGUCCUUGCUGGAAGACGCUCUCGCAGAGCUGGGCGAUGCCAAACUUUCCUCAGAUGAUCCCGACACAUGCUCGCCUGACGAGGCCAUGGUCCUGCGCCACCAGCUCAGAGCACUCGGUCCCGCAGAAUUCUGUAGAAGGACCGUCGAUGCCGGCAGCUACACAGCCAAGAAGUUGCUGUCAGCCUUUGGCAUCAAACCACCCAACUUCCUGGAGGGCGCCGAAGAUGAGGCCUACUUCAGCAUUUUGUCGCUCGCCAUUAGCAGAGAGCUGUCUAAGCGCGCGAAGCUGUGGCGCUUCAACACGGUUGAUGACGCCGUGGAGCUCUUGAACAAGAGUCAAAACAUCAUCGUUCUCACUGGCGCCGGAAUCUCCACUUCGCUUGGCAUUCCCGACUUCCGCUCCAAGGGUGGUCUCUACUCACAACUCGAGCACUUGGGCCUCAAUGACCCGCAAGAAGUGUUUGACAUUUCCGUCUUUAAGCAGGACCCGACAAUCUUCUACACCGUUGCCAAGGAUAUUUUGCCGUCUACCAACCGUUUCACGCCUACACAUGCAUUCAUUUCAAUGUUGCAGAAGAAGGGCAAGUUGCUCACCAACUACACCCAAAACAUUGACAACCUCGAGGCCAAGGCGGGCAUCUCUGCCGACAAGAUGGUGCAGUGCCACGGCUCUUUCGCAACCGCCACAUGCGUUCAGUGCGGCUUCAAGUGCGUUGGUGACGAUAUCUUCCCCGACAUCAAGGCUGGCAAGAUUCCGCGAUGCCCUCGCUGCAUCCAGAACCUCCGACCCAAUGGCAGCACCAAGCGCAAGCGUUCUGCGGGGACUGAGAGGAAGCGCCGCCGCUUCAGCUCCGAUGACUCGACAACCGACGAUGAGUAUGACAUUCCUAGCGCGGGUGUCAUGAAGCCGGACAUCACCUUCUUCGGAGAGGCUCUGCCUGACGAGUUCAGCCGUCGCCUGACUGAGCACGAUCGCGACAAGGUCGAUCUUGUCAUCGUCAUUGGUACGAGUCUGAAGGUGACGCCGGUGUCAGAAAUAGUGAGCUGGCUACCCGGCAACAUCCCCCAGAUUUACAUCUCGCGACAAGCUGUGAGUCACAUCAACUUCGACAUCGACCUGCUGGGCGACUGCGACGUUGUCGUUUCGGAACUGUGUCGCCGUGCCGGUUGGCCUCUUCAGCACGAGAUGGUUCCUGAGGACCAGGUUGUCGACGUCCGACCCGAAGGAAGCUGUGUGAGCAGACACGUCUUCGAAGUCGUCAGGCCCGGCACGUCAUCAGUAAAGCAAGAGCAACAGUCGCCCAAGAACCAAGACCAAUUUUUGAAGCCGACGAAGCCUGCGAGACCGACAAAGUCGAUGAAGCCCAGGAAGUCCACCUGA